GGGGAAGGGGGGAGACGGUGCAAACGGCGUGGCCGCCAUCUUGUUUGUGCCCCCGCUUUGCGCGCGCUCCGUUCUCCGUGACGCACGCUUCCCCCUCCCCUCCGCCGUGCCCAGGCCUCUGCAUUGCCCGACUCCGCAGGAGCGCGGAGGCGGCUCCUGCUCUUCCCUGGACUCCUGAGCGGAGGCGUUUGUCAAAAUGUCCACAGAAGGAGGAUUUGGUGGUACUAGCAGCAGUGAUGCCCAGCAAAGCCUGCAGUCCUUCUGGCCUCGUGUCAUGGAAGAAAUUCGGAAUUUAACAGUGAAAGAUUUCCGAGUACAGGAACUCCCACUGGCUCGUAUUAAGAAGAUUAUGAAACUGGAUGAAGACGUGAAGAUGAUCAGUGCAGAAGCCCCUGUGCUCUUUGCCAAGGCAGCCCAGAUUUUUAUCACAGAGUUGACUCUUCGAGCCUGGAUCCACACAGAGGAUAACAAGCGCCGGACUCUACAGAGGAAUGAUAUCGCCAUGGCAAUUACAAAAUUUGAUCAGUUUGACUUUCUCAUCGAUAUUGUUCCAAGAGAUGAACUGAAACCGCCAAAGCGUCAGGAGGAGGUGCGCCAGUCUGUGACUCCUGCUGAGCCCGUCCAGUACUACUUCACGCUGGCUCAGCAGCCUGCCGCCGUCCAAGUCCAGGGGCAGCAGCAGGGCCAGCAGACCAGCAGCUCUGCGACCACCAUCCAGCCUGGGCAGAUCAUCAUUGCGCAGCCGCAGCAGGGCCAGACCACGCCCGUGACCAUGCAGGUGGGAGAAGGUCAGCAGGUGCAGAUUGUUCAGGCUCAGCCCCAGGGCCAAGCCCAGCAGGCCCAGAGCAGCACUGGACAGACCAUGCAGGUGAUGCAGCAGAUCAUCACGAACACAGGAGAGAUCCAGCAGAUUCCGGUGCAGCUGAAUGCCGGCCAGCUGCAGUACAUUCGCUUAGCCCAGCCUGUAUCAGGCACCCAGGUCGUGCAGGGACAGAUCCAGACACUUGCCACCAACGCUCAACAGAUCACACAGACAGAGGUGCAGCAAGGGCAGCAGCAGUUCAGCCAGUUCACGGACGGACAGCAGCUCUACCAGAUCCAGCAAGUCACCAUGCCUGCCGGCCAGGACCUCACCCAGCCCAUGUUCAUCCAGUCAGCCAACCAGCCCUCCGACGGGCAGGCCCCCCAGGUGACCGGCGACUGAGGGCCUGAGCUGGCGAGGCCAAGGACACCCAACACAGUUUUUGCCAUACAGCCCCGGGCGAUGGGCACAGCCUCCCUCCCCAGAGGACCCGGCCGACCUCCGCGCCUCCUGCAGGGCUAGGACACUGGCGCACCACACCCCACGCCUGGGGGCCAAGAGUCUCCAACAGAAAGAUGCAAUAUUUUUUAUUUCCUUUUUUCCACUUUUUCUCCAAGGAAUCACUAUUUCAGUAUGUUGAGCUGUGUGUCCAAUGCUAUGAAAUGAAAAUAUUAAAUAACAUAUUUAUGGCAUUUUCUUGAAGAGUGUGGUUGAAGAAAUAUUUCUUUUGUUUUCCUUUUUUUUUUUUUUUUUUCAAUUCUUACCGCCACUUCUUUUCAGGAGCAAAUCUCCUCAGGGGGGUACGUUACCUCCUGACUCUUGGAACAGCUGCUGCCCCCAGGAUUUGCCACCUUGUUCUGCCCUCAGAUUGAGUUAGGUGACGGCGGAACUUCCUGUUCACUAGUGGUCCUCUCCUGCGACCCUGCGCUUGGCCCAGAGCUCUGUGUGUUUGCACCCAAAGGCCAUGGAAACAUUCCUUGCAUUUAAGAGAUGAACUCAUUCGCCAUGGAGAGUGGAUGGUUUCAUUUCCAGACCCUUCUCUCCCAGGGACCCAAGGAGACUAGAACUUUGUACAUUUGCCUGUCCCCACCCCCAUUUUUUAUUUUUAAAAUGCAUUAAAAAUUGUGCUAGUCUCCUUUGCUGCAUGGACUUCAAACUGCAUGAAAUGCAAUAAAUCUCAUUUUAGGUAA